AUGGCAGCUGCGCAGAGUCGUCAGAAGAGCUAUUCGGACACGAGGAGAAGAGAUUUAUUAUUUGAGAUUGGUGAUUGGGUUUACCUCAAAGUUUCUCCAAUGAAAGUUGUUAAGCGUUUUGGUAAGAAAGGGAAACUUAGUCCGAGAUAUGUUGGCCCUUUUCAGAUUCUGGAGAAGGUUGGACCAGUUGCUUAUCGUAUUGCUCUGCCAGAGCAUUUUGGUGGAAUUCAUGAUGUUUUCCACGUAUCAUCCUUAAAGAAAAGCUUUGGUCAGCAGGAGCCUCGUUUCGUUGAUCCAGGGAGCAUUCAACUCCGGUCUGAUCUCACUUACGAAGUUGUUCCAACUCAGAUCCUUGACAUGAAGGAGCAACGAUUAAGAUCCAAGUCAAUACCUCUAGUUAUGGUAUCUUGGGGAGAUCCGUUAGCCCAGGAUUUUUCGUGGGAGAGAGAGGCAGACAUGAGAAAGUUCUACCCUUACUUAUUCGGGUAG